CGCAUUUUUAUACAGUUGUUGCUUUUCGUCUCAGCACAUGGUAACAAAAGGCAUUUCAAUCAAUCUUUCCUAUAGUAAGCGAGUUUUUUUUAAUACUUUAUCACGGGUAGUCAGCGAGUGCGAAGCUCAAGUUUCGCAGAUGCAAUCGACUUUUGUGUUGUUCAUAAAUGCAGCCAUUUUCAUUGGACAAUGCUCCUCUUUUUCCGAUUAUUGUGACAAGAGCCUGUGCGGCAACAAAAAACACAUUGCUUGCAAUGUUCCAAAAACUUUUGCACCGGCAUGCGGUAAAAAUCCGAAAAAGGUACCCAUGGACAAAAACAGGAAAACCAUGAUUCUCGAGAUGCACAACCAGUUCCGCAAUUCCACCGCCGGUGGAAUGAACGGAUUCCCACAAGCUGCGCGUAUGCCGACACUUUUGUGGGACGAUGAGCUGGAAAAUUUGUCCUGGUACAACGCUAAGAAAUGCAAGAUGGAACAUGAUGGCUGUCGAAACACCAAAGAGUUUAGAUCUUCGGGUCAAAAUCUGGCGACGGCCUCCUACAUCGGAACCGAUUUCGAUCCCGAUAGGUGGACGAAAUUCUUCGUUAAGUACUGGAUUGAUGAAUACAAACAUUUCCCCAAGUCCAUCGUUGACAAGUAUCCUGAUUCGUAUCGAGGACCGGUGAUCGGACAUUUGACGCAGAUAAUUAAUGAUCGUACAUGGAAGAUCGGAUGCUCGAUAGUUCGGUACAACCCCACCUCUGAUACUGGAACGGUAGUGUACAUCGUCUGCAACUACUCAAUGACCAACAUGAUAGGGGAGCCAGUUUACACCAAGGGAAAAUCGGCUUCCAAAUGUAAGACGGGACGGAAUCCGAGAUAUACGAAUCUCUGUAGUGUGAAAGAGCGUGUCUGACAACUGAGUACGUAUUGAGAUGGGUAUCAAUUUGGUUUCUCUACACACUUCUCUAAUGAUUGAUGCACUCUUACUUUCUUUGCUUCAGAUAAUCUCUUGUUAAUUAAAAUGAAUAAAAACCUAUGCACUA